CAAUAUGACCAUGACAGUAGCACGGUGAGGAAGAGGAUCUUUCAGGAGGCUCUGGUUGACAUCACGCUUCCUGCUAUCAGGAGGAACCUGGCUCCGGCACACAAACCGGUAUGGGACCUGCAGAAGUUGGACCAGUACAUCUUUGCUGAUUACACCAACUUCAUCAAUGUGGAAAACGUUUAUGAAGAUAUUCUACUGAACAUUCUGACCAUUGAGGUGGACAAAGUGGUGAAAGAAGCUGCCAGUUUGAGGAAGAACAACUUGAUGGUGGACAGUACUGACCUGCAGAGUGCCAGCCAGAGCAGCCUGACAGACAGUCACACUCCUCCCCUCUCCGCCCCCGCCAGCCCUGCCAAGAUGGCUGUCUCUGGGCUGAGCAGACAGGCCGAGCGGGCACCUUCUCCCCUGGUGCAGAACUUGUCUUCUAGCGCUGGGAGGCUGGAGGUGGAAGGCGGCCCAGUGGCCCAGAUAUGGCUGCCCUCACUCCUCCUGUCAUUGUCAUAACUCCACAAAGUGAGGCUCCAGACCCAGACCCAGCCCCACUCACACUCCCAGCCCCAGCACAUAUACUUACCUAUACUGCUGGUGUCUCUGUAGCAGAGCCUGAUACCCCUUCACCUCUACAUGAUACCCCUUCACCUCUACCUGAUACCCCUUCACCUCUACCUGAAAUGUCCUCUGCUGAAAGUGAUUACCCUGCUGGUGCUGCCUCAACCAAACCUGAUGCCUCCUUAGUCAAUCAUGACGCCCCUUUGGCCACAAUCACACCUUAUGCCCCUUCCCCCCAGCCUCCUAUUCCUGUGGCUGAACCAGCUCCCCAGACACCGGAAGUUACAGACACAGACAAAGCAUCCCAACCACCAGGAACUGAAGACAAACCAGACACAGCCAAAGCAUCCCAACCACCAGGAACUGAAGACAAACCAGACACAGACAAAGCAUCCCAACCACCAGGAACUGAAGACAAACCAGACACAGACAAAGCCAGAAACAGCCCAGUGAGUGACAGUGUGUCGGUGUGUGUCGAGGCUCUGUCAGCAGUUAGUAUGAUUCUUCCUGAGGCCACGGUGCUCUCCACCGGUCAGAGACAGAGACAAGCCACAGACAGAGCAGUCUACCUGAAAACUCCUGCAGGGGUGAAGGAGGGGGCAUCUGUACCUCUCACCGUGGACGAGAAGGAAGAGGAGGAAGAACAUCUAUGUAAGGAGGCAGAAGCACAUCACAUUGGUACAGCCCCAUCCAACAUGGGUACAGCCCCAUCCAACAUGGGUACAGCCCCAUCCAACAUGGGUACAGCCCCAUCCAACAUGGGUACAGCCCCAUCCAACAUGGGUACAGCCCCAUCCAACAUUGGUACAGCCCCAUCCAACAUGGGUACAGCCCCAUCCAACAUGGGUACAGCCCCAUCCAACAUGGGUACAGCCCCAUCCAACAUUGGUACAGCCCCAUCCAACAUGGGUACAGCCCCAUCCAACAUGGGUACAGCCCCAUCCAACAUGGGUACAGCCCCAUCCAACAUGGGUACAGCCCCAUCCAACAUUGGUACAGCCCCAUCCAACAUGGGUACAGCCCCAUCCAACAUGGGUACAGCCCCAUCCAACAUGGGUACAGCCCAUCCAACAUGGGUA